GUCACACUGUUCAGUCACAUUGUGUCAGGGGAGGUGGCUUCACUGACUGAAAGUAAUUUUGAGAGUGUUGUAGCUGGCAGUGAUGUAGCUAUAGUCAAUUUUUAUGUCCCUGGGAAGAUCCUGUUUGCCAAAGUGGACUGUGAUAGAGAGAAGUUUAAAGAUCCAGUGCAAGAAGUUGCACAUAUAGACAACCUGGAUGACCUAGAUACUAAGAAGCGACACAUGAUUGGCUGUUUUGAGAGUAAAGUCUCUGACAGCUCCAGGACAUUUUCUCGAGUGGCCAGCAUGCAUAGGGAUGACUGUGAAUUUCAUGCAGCUUUUGGGCAAGUAUGUGAAGCAGAGAGGACAGCUGGUGACUUUGUUAGUUUCAGACCACCAAAUACACUACACCAGGAUGUCAAGUACACUGGCUCGUUGACAGAUUUUACAGCACUGCAGCAAUGGGUGGCUAGCAAAUGUGUGCCAAUAGUUCGGGAAAUCACCUUUGAGAAUGCAGAGGAGCUGACAGAAGAAGGCCUUCCAUUCCUGAUCCUCUUCCAUCACCCUGAUGACACAGCCAGUGUUGAGCUCUUUAAUCAGGAGGUUAACAAUCAGUUGUUGCAAGAAAAAGCCAAUGUGAACUUCCUAGUAGCAGAUGGUAUCAAGUUUGCCCAUCCUCUACACCACCUGGGAAAAUCUACCAGUGACCUGCCGCUGCUGGCCAUUGACAGUUUCCGACACAUGUACCUCUUCCCCCACAAUGUCAAGACAGAUUUAACCAAACCUGGACUAUUGAAGCAGUUUGUAGAAGAUCUACAUUCAGGAAAGUUACACAGAGAAUUUCAUCAUGGUCCAGACCCGACCACCCAGCCUGAGACUGAACAGGCUGCCCAAGAAGGCGGUGCUGAAACUAAAAACAUUCCAAGGGACUCCAGUGAUGAAUCAAAACCACUCUCUCAACAAAAGAAUACUUCUCCUCCAGAGUCAACAUUUAAAAAAUUGGCACCUUCUCGGAAUCGUUACACAAUUUUACGCGAUGAGUUGUAA